AUGGCGCCCUGGAUGGCGCUCCUCGAAGCCUGGGCUGUACAGGCGUUGCUACGGACGCCCGCUUUCCACCGCGCAGUGGAGAAAGUGGCCAAGAAUGUGCAUCGUGUUCGCCAUGGCCUCCCGCGAGAAGAGGAGGGUGGGACGAAACUGGAAGGACAGGAGGAAAGUGGGUUCACGAAACAUUUCAUGGGCGCUGUGAAAGGGCAGUUGGGUGCUGCUGAGCAAGCAGAGGCUGAAAAGAUGCGGCCGAGGAGCUAUUAUGAGCAGCUGAGGAAGGGUAAAGCUGAGGGUGGGCCAGCAGUUGAGGAAGAGGAGAACAUCGAGGCAAUGGAUGCAGAGGCGGCAUGGAGGCGGGCCAGUAGGCGGCUGGAAGCCAAGGGCAAGGCACAGCAAGUGGAUGUUGUGGAGGAAGAUGCCGAUGCGGCAUGGAGAAGCACAAGUAAGAAUCUUGGCCAGAGUGAAGCGAGCAGAGGGUUCAUGGGCAAGUACAUGGACGCUUUGAGGGAGCAGGUACGGGAGAAUAAGAAGGACGGGCGGUGA